AUGGCCUGUGCUCAGCCUGAGGAAAUUAAUAAGCAUCUGUGCUGUGCCGUCUGUUUUGAACAAUUCAAGGAACCGAAAGUUCUGCCAUGCUUGCACACCUACUGUAAAGGGUGCCUUGUGAAACUAGUGAAAAAAAAGGGACGUAAUCAUAUCAUAACCUGCCCAGAGUGCCGACAGGAAGUUAAAGUAAGUUCAAAAAUAAUGAAAGAUGUUACUUGUGUAGUCACAAACGUAAGCCAAAACGAGAAAAAUCGAACCUCGGACAUUUGGAUUGCGCGCUAUUAUGCUCGACCACUGAUCCACAGAGAACCCUUUGAUGAAUAAGACCAUUAUUAGGUCCAUAUGCGACAAGAGUUCUGCAUAAUGCUUAGAUCAGCAAUGUUGAGGGCGUUGCGGAAUACAGAAAGAUUUCAUACGUUUUUCUGUGAGCGUAGGACGUAGAAAAACAUCUAGGUCCCUCCCUCCCCCUCCCCCACGAGGAAGAUUUUUAUAAACACACGCUCGUGAAAACUGCUAAGGAACUGCUCCUUGUGCAAGCUGCAUUUGAAAAGAAUGGUGAUUUCCUUUUGUCCAGCACUUGAAUUCCAACUCGAGGUCCUGGACUAAGUACCCACUACUUUUACCACUCAGUUCAUGUCUCACUCGGAAUGCUUACUGAAGGUUAGAUUGAGAGGGGAAGUGUGAGUGGACUUAAAAAAAUAGAACAUUCAUUUUCUGGUUUAUUCUGAAAUUGGUACCAACUCAAAAUAUUAUGAGGAAAUCAUGUUAAGAGAAUAUUCAUAUGUUUUAACUGAAAAGUAAGAAGUAGAAGAACAGGAAGAAAAAUAGUUUUGUUUAGGUGUCAAUGCUCUAAGCUUGUUCUGAGCACCAAAAUGAGGCACUUGAACAAACAAGUUCCGUAGUUGAAGUUUUUUCAGUCUAUUUCUACAGUUAACAUUAUUUGGUCUUAUUUUGAAAAAAAAAAUUGAGGGUAAUAAGCAGAUAAAAAGAUGGCAAUGGUGUUAUCUCAAUAAUUCAUCGGGACAAUCUACAUUGCAGAUUACAUGCUCUCAAAAAUCGCGAAUACUGAAAGACAUGCAGGAUAUCGAACAAUUCAUGACACUGUGAUUUCUAGAAUGUUCUGUUGGUCAAUGUACAUUUCACAUCUUUAAGGCCGUUUCGUACACUGACUUGAAUUAGGGUGCAGUUUCACCGAAGAAAUUAGUCAAACUUUUAAAAAAUGUAUAAGAAAUGAACUAACGCACGAUUUGAUCAGUGCAUAUCAGCGAGUUUAUCUAUAAAAUAUCUUAAAGUUUGCACUUACUCUCAAAUAGAUAACUAAUGGAGAUGUUGGCAAGCUGCAGUCAAAUUUCUGGGUGAAUAAUUUUAUGACCUUGCUAAGCAUGCAGGACAGCAACAUGUCUUCAUCCAAAAAGCCACUGGUGUGUGAUCAUUGCGACAGUGGGGAUCCAGCUGUGUCCCGCUGUACCAACUGCUGUGUUUUCAUGUGCGAGUUUUGUGUCACUGCACAUAAAAGGAUCAAUGCAUUCAAGGGUCACAAGAUCUUAUCCCUGGAGGAAGUCAAAAGAGUUGGCUCAAAGGCUCUUGUCAAGCCAGCAUUCUGUGAAAAGCAUGGUGGGGAGUUAGUCAAGCUCUUUUGCCAAACGUGCCAGAAAACAAUCUGCCGGGACUGCACCAUUGUUGAUCACCGAGAACACAAAUACAACUUUGUGGCUGAUAUUGCUGAAAAGGAAAGACGUUCUGUGCGCGGUAUUCUUGAGAAAUGUACAACUAAAGAAAAGGCAGUUGCUGAGGGUCUGAAAGCGGUACAGAACAUGAAAAGCUGCGUCCUAACUAAAGUGUCAGAGGUAAACAAACAGGUGGACUCUUUUAUUGACGAGCAAAUUAAGACAUUGGAGUAUCACCGAGCAAACCUGAAACAUGAAGCUACAACAAAAGGCCAAGGUAAAGUCAAGCAGCUCGACAGUCAGGCUGACGAUCUUUCCUCCCUUUUGGCCCAGUUGAGAAGUGGCAUUGAUUUCACCGGUCAGGCCAUAGCAGAUGGAGAUGACGUAAAGCUCUUGUCCAUGAAGACACAACUUAUCAAGCGACUUUCUCAGCUCAAUUCUUCACAAGACCAGUUGAAACCCUGUCAGAAUGAUUAUAUGAAGCUUCAAGUGAAAAGAUCGAUUAAGGAUGAGGGGGAAUUGGCGCAAGUGAUGUACAAACAGUGUGACCCCCAAAGGUGCACCAUUAGUAUGGGAGGGAGUGAAGAAGGAUAUAUAUAUUCGACCAGCAUCAAUGUAGACACGUAUUUCAUAGUUAUCGUCAAGGAUGAAAGCGGUGAUAGAGUUACAGAAGGUGGACAUAAAGUCAGCAUUCAAGUUCGAUUAGCGCAAAUUUGUUCUGUACCGUUUAUUUGGGAAGAUGAAGCACUUGGCAGUCAGUUGGCAAGCACUUGGGAAGCACUUGCAGGGCGAGAUAAUGGUGAUGGGUCAUAUAUUUUCAAUUAUUGUCCAAGGCAAACUGGACUUUGGAGUUUGUCAGUGAACGUUGAGGGUCAACCCAUACAUGGAAGUCCAUUUAAUUGGCAAGUGAACCAGGUAGUUUACGCCGAGUACCCUGCAUACUAAGAGUACGAAUGGUAAUGAGACGAAGGCUAUUACGAAGACGAACUGGCCCGUGCAUAAGGCCGGAGACGCAGUAGAUAUGGAUAGGAUUUAUACAAAAAAUAGGGCAAAUAGGAAUCGAGCUAAAUGAUUACUCACACAGGUUCAUUUGAAACAAUCAGAAACCCACGCGUUCUAAUUGUUUGGUGGGCACAAAAACUCUGGUUAAGAGUUAUAUUGUUAAACGAUAAAAAUAGAACUAUAUUUAAUCUGAAAUAUUGUAAGGGUUUCCUUAUAUUGGUGUUGGGAAAAAGAAUGGAAAUAUUAUAUUACUUUAAGCCAUUCGAUACAAAAAUUAUAAUAAGACAGGUUGAUUAUUUCUUAUUCCUUUUGGCGAUCUCAUCUAAGUACAAUUUCUUUCACCUUUUUCUUAUUGCGGUGUGAAUUUGGUACGGAAACAGUUGCUCCGUUUCUACGGUGAUUAGAUCUUGUUGUACUAUUUUGUGAUAAGCUAUGUUUCUAAUUAUGUCAAUGCGGGUGACCACUUGAUACAGGUUUAACUGUAUUAGAGUUCUUUGUAGAAUACGGGAACCUGUUAUUUUUUCUUUGUCUCAUGCUCGUAACAAGACCGAUCAAGUCUUUCUUUAGAAUCGAGGUUGCUUUUGGAAAAGACAAAUUUUAUUUCAAUUAAAAAAGCUGCAUCAAAAUCGCUGAAGAGCUCCACCAGAGACUAUUGGCAAGCUGCAAAGUCAAAUGAUGAAGUUUUUAUUGAAAGGAAAGGAUAACGACUUUCAUGAGACAACAGCAAAAGUGAGCUUUUCGCACCUGCGCGAAUAAGUGAUGGUGGAUGACAAAUAUCAAAACUUCCACCAGGUGUAAAUAUCACCUUUGAUCACCUUUUCCGUGGCAAAAUCGCCCAAUGCGAAAAUUCCCUACAAAUAAAUUAUCACUUGAAAAACAGCCCAUAACGAAAUGCUACGUUAAAGCUAUGCGGUCAAUAACGCAGGCUCAAGCGCACGAGGUUUAACUAUGUUCUCAGCCAUUCUUUACUUGAUUUACCUUAUAUUGCAUCGAGGCGUGAUUGCAUUAAAUUAGGCUUCCUUUCAUUUUGCCUGUUAAUCAUAAAUAAUUUUUUUAUUUAAUCAGCAAUCCUAUUUUGGUAAGACUUUAAUUUUGUACAUCGAGGUAUUCCACGUUGUUGGAUUCCGCCAUUCCGCUACUCCAUCAUUCCAUCAAAUAGGGUCACCCCGUCGAACUCGCGAACUUGGCGGCUCAUUUGGGCAUUAUUCGCUGAUUGAAAUAGUAAAAUGCUCUCUUUCCGAAUAAACAAAUUUUUUGUUCAAAUUUUACACGAUGAGCAGAUCAAAUGGAUAUUUUUCGUCAUGUAAACAAAAUGACAACUAGGUACCACUCCCCUUCAGGCGUUACAUUCCCGUAGAACGCCUGUUUAUUUCUGCUCCUGUCAUGACGGAAGUUGAGAGUGGUUGUGUCUUUUACUCGUUUUGACCUCCCUCAAGAGCUUCGGCAGUGUACAGUUUGUUACUCGGUGAGUGUUCCUUUUAUAACUGAAUGUUCUUUUCAACAAGGUGUUGCUGAGCUGCAAGGAACAGAUAACAACUUGCUCGUACGACGCAGCGAUCUGCUUUUCUUUGUGCAAAUGUGGCGCUGAAUUGAAAGGAGAUCGAAUUUUUAUGAAUUAUCAUGAGUCUUUUCAGGUGCAAUACCCCAUUAAAUUUUUCGAGGCCACUACGGAAAACCAUGUUUUACGGGUAUAUUCUGCCUGGAAAAGAAGCCCAACAGUUAGGACGAGGUUCAAAGUAAUCAACAAUUUUGACUCAAAGGAUACUUAGUUCACGGAUACGUACCUUUAGUAAGAACACAGUAAGCCACUGAAAAUUAUUUUCUCCUUAAUAAAUGUUGUUCGACAGAGGAAAGACACAAAAACAAUUUGGUUUACGAGUGAUUUAAAGUAAUAUUAACAGCCUUUUUACUAGCUUUCAUAUCCUCAACAACCUCAAAUCACUUUUACAGGUGUACCUUGUGGAAUCUUGGUAGAGAAAGGUGUCUGUUUUGGACACAGCAUCCUUAGAAAAUCAGAAAUUGUCUUAUCUCCAAUUCUCCAAUUGUCUGUUCUCCAAUCACUUCUCUUGUGAUCUAAACCAACAAACCUUAAAACUGAGCACUGUGAGAGAAUUGGUGCAAACGGGUGAAUGUAUGAAUCCCGUUAUAUUUUGAUCUAAAUAUUUAUUACCUUUUCUCCAGAAACAAAACCUUGGUCCAGUUAGCCAUACUGUAUUCAGUGGGAUUUCUUUCUUGCCUAGGCCAUUUCCCUGGGUUUAAGAAGAUCAUGGCCACUAGUAAGCGAUAUGUUCCUCCUUUGUCUAAGAGUAAAGGAUCAGCAGGAGCAGCAGCAGAGUCAACAAGGAGAUUAGAUGACCUUGUUCAAGAUUCGAUUUUUACUGUGAAACUGGGGUCAAAAAAUAAUUACAGUGAGUCUAACUCAGAGAAAGUAAUUUUGUAAUAGUGUUAUUGCUUUACAGUUUACAUCAACAAUCUUGACAAAUCUCAGUAUGCUGUAUAUAUACUUGUUAUUUAUCUGGUAUAAAGUGAAAUUAUACUAUAUUCAAAUUAUAAUUUUAAAAAAGCCAUUACCAGGAACUGCCUACAUUUUCAUUAAAGUAAACAAAGGUAUUCAUGUAGCUUAUCUUGUUAUUACCCCAGCCUAUACUUUUUCUCAGCCCUCAGAAUCAAUGUAAGUAUUGACAAUUGUUAUGAACCAUUUUUGUUUGUGGUCUUAAACAGUUAACUCUGGUCACCCAGUAAAAGAGUAUCCCAUUGUAAUGAAAUAAAUUAUUAUAAAAAGAGUAUUUUUCUUACACGCAAUUGAAAUCAGUGUGCAAUUAACAUAAAGGAAAAAAAAUCUGCUCUUAAGGAAGGAGUUCUACUUAGCUUUCUUCUUAGACAUUUCACAUCUUUCCCUGAGGAACCAGGGACUAGUGAUGAGUUUGAGGCAUGAGUGGAAGAAGUAAGAUCAACACUCUUUCUCCUACGCAUUCCUUUUCCCCCUCUCAUGCUCAUAAGUUUUUCCACAAAGCAGCAUCCAGGUACAAAGAAGAUUUUUAUCAUUCAAACAUUGAAAAUAGUUUGUCUCUAUUACAACUUUUCAAAAUUUAUACAGCAUGUGAAAUUGAUUUUCAGGUGACCUUCCGUUUCCUGAAAUAACAGGCAAGGACGAGAGUAACUCAAACAUUCAGCAGUUUGAAUUUCCUUUUAAAGAAAGGGAACUGCGGAAAUUGAUGCUGGUAAGUUGACCCACACAGUGAAAAAAAUCUGUGGCUUUCAAUUAUCAUUUAAAAACACACUGCCAUCGUUAGGCUUUUUGCCAGCAGUGAAAAACCAAGGAAGUUAUUCAGUACAAUUGGUGAUAAUUUCAAAGUUUAGGAUACUUAAUUAGUGAAAGAUUUAUUUAUGUGACAGAUUGUGCCUUUUGAUGGUUGAUUAGAAACUUGUGAAAAAACUGCAUCAGUCAUAAUUUGAAAACCAAUAAUUUAAUCAGGUUGAAUCAAGUUAUCAAAGUGUUGCUUUCAAGGCUAAAUUUCAGCUCUGUCCAUGUGGGUUUCAAUAGCCUGUUUUAUUUUUUUCAUAGUGGUUCCGAGAAAUAGGUUGGAAAGAUCAGGGUGCUGAGUUGCAAUUUCCACCAGAUCUUGAAAAAUCGCAGCGGAAACAAGUUCAUGACAUUGCACAAAGCUUUGGUCUGGGAACUUCCAGUAAAGGCUUUAAUGAAAAGGUAAGGGUCUUGUAAUAAAAAAGAUGGUCUAAGCUGUAGGUUUUGUGCACUUCUUUCUGUACAAAAGCUAUACAACAAAUGGUUUGCUGGAACCUAAGAGUAACAGAUGACCAUGUACCCUGAUCAUCCAGGUGAGAGCAUCCCUGAAAAGGACCAUACAGUUGUAGAUAGUAGUGGCUGAAUUGACCCUCAUGAUGACUUCUGCCAAGGUUGUUGAAAUGUUGGCUUGACUAUUGAUGGUAACUGAUUCCUUCUCAGAAUGUCUCUCACCAAGAUGAUGAGACACAAUCAAAUGUACACAAAUUUGUUGAGCAGGCAUCUUAGAUUAUCAGGAGAAGUGUAAGAGGUUGAGGAGGAAGGCCCAUGUUAAAUUUUUAUUUUCUUUUGCCUUAAUCUAUUAUCAUAAUCUGAGACAAAUGACAACAAAAAUUUAAUUGUUUGGAAAACAAAACUCAGUUAUAUCAGUUAUUUGAGACACAAUAAGGGAAAGGGGCAGGUCCCUACCCCCAUUGAUCAUUAAUACAAUUAGCUUUAAAUAUUUAUGACUUUUGAUAAUUGGUGAUUGGUGUAUUAACCCUUUAAUUCCUGAGAGUGACUAGCAUCUAAUUUCUCCUUUACAAUAUCACCACUAAAUCAUACAUCAAGGUCAUAAGGAUAAAGGAAAUGAUCACCAACCAAAGAAGCUCUUGAUUGUGAGACAAGUUCUCCUUGUAAGCACUUAAAGAAAUGUAUAGAGCACAGUAUGGAGAAUAUGCAUCAUGAUGUUCAGGUGUAAAGGGUUAAAAUGAUGUGGGAGAAGUAGUGAUCUUAUGGUUAGUGUGCUGGAGUCUGGGUCAAGAGGUUUGGCUUUGAGACUUGGCCGGGUGAAUGUGUUGUAUUCUUGGACAAAACACUUCACUCUUACAGUGCUGCUUUCUACCCCAGGAGUGCGAAUGGGUUUUGGUGAAUAGUGGGGUAAGUCUAAGGAAAUGCAUUUGAUGGACUAGCAUUGCAUCCAGGAGGGAGUAGUGAUGCUCCUAAUCACUUCAUGCCAAGGAAACCUGGAUAAGCUGCAGCUGGGUUGGCCACUUGGUUUGAGUACAGACUUAACCUUACAUAGUAUUUUUUUUUUAACCUUACUUACUAUGAAUAUAUUAAUACAAUGACUCUUGAUAGGUAUUAAGAAUUAUUCAUCUUUUUCUUCAGCGUUUUAUUAGUGUAUACUCAAUUGAAUAUGCUACUCUUGGUGUUGGUAAAAAUUACUUAACCAAUGAAGAAAAAGAUAAAGCCAACAUCAUCUGGAAACUCGUUAAACAACAAGGAGAGGAUGAAAAGUAUAAAAAUUUCAGUCACAAUGAGAUUGAUGAGAUGGUCCUUGCUAAAAAUCUUGAUCCACGACUCCAAGAAUUGUGGGACAAGAGAGAAUCCUUACUGGUAGAUGACUUCAAAGAAAAGUGUAAUGUUACUGAUGAGUAAUUCAGGCCUUGCUUUGUGUUGUGUCAGUUUCACUUUAAGUUAGUUAUUUAUUAAUAGUCUCCCAUACAUUGGUUUGUUUUCACCUCAGAGAUGGUUCUGCACAAAGGUCAAUCUUAAUCAGAUAUUCUUAGUGAAAGAAAUUUAGUGGGUAAAAUUACCUACUUGUAAAGUAUACUGUUAAGUAAAGUGUAAUUUCUUCCAAAGAAACUACUGUAGAAAGAAGAGAAAUUGUGACUUUAAAAGUGGAUGUCUGUGAUAACUAACUUUUAUUUAGAUAGAGAGCUAAUGCCCUGAUUCCCAUCCUCUAAUUUUCUCUUGAUAUAUGCUAUAUUUCCUUGAAUAAGCUUAAAAUUUUGGCUAAGUGGAGGGAAGCUUUUUGAAAGGAGGGUGUUUUAUCUGGGAGGGAUGCUUAUUAAGUUAGUGCAACAAUAAGACAAAGAUUAAAGCAGAUGAUGUACAUAAAUGUACUCUGCAAGCACAAGGAGAUAGAAAUAAGUGGAAUGGAAAAGAAACUAUUCCCCUAUACUGAAUUCCAGACUGUAAUUGAAGCUUAAAAGGUUAUGAAGAAAGUGGAAAUAGAAACAGUGAGGGAGG